AUGGCCUCAAACGAAGACAGCAGACAUUCGCUCAAAAUGCAUCUCAAGAAGGUCAACGCCAAUCUGAAACACAGCAAGGCUCUACUUGAGGACAGCCAAGUCGACCUCGAAGACAUCAAGGGUCUACUUGACGCCGCUCUCAAGAGCAACAAGGCCGCACUUAACGCCAACAAGAUCGCACUGGAGGCUAAUAAGGCCGCUCUCGAAGGCUGCGAUACCACCAUCCUCGAAGCUGCCGGCGGUUCUACUGUCGCGACGAAGACCGAAAAGAACGAUUCUGCCAACGAAGAGGUGGCCCUGGUGCCUGGAAAAAAGCGAAAGGCUGAAGCCGAAGCUGGGGAAUGUAUGACUUGCAAGGGGCAAUCUUGUGUCCUGUGCAAGAACAAGGGUCACACCAUGGAGCACUGCCUCUUGUUGGAAACUGGCUCCAUCUACGGCUGUGUCCUGUGCAACAAAACGAGCCAUGAUACAGACAAAUGCGCUAAGUUUACAAGUCUGAAGAUGGAAGAAAAGCUCAAUAUACUCAUUAAUGAGCGUGGAGGUCUUCCUCCAUUGCGUACUCAACAGGGUUGGCACUAUUUGAUGCUCACCUGGCUGCACGACAAGGAGUCGAAGGGCAAGAAGGCUCCUUCCAUGUAUCCAUGGACCGGUAUGCAUGCGUUCAAGCUUUCUCGAGGCGUGGAUGGCGGACGCAACUAUUACCUGCAGUCGCGAUUUGACCGAAGUGGCCAUGACCGGUCUAUUUUGCCCAAGGACGAGUCGCUUAAGGACGCUGUCGCUGUAUGGCGAUAUUAUUGGAGACCCGCGUCGAUUCCUUUUCCCCAACGACUGGUCGAGAUGGGCUUCUCCCGCCCUCAUGAUGACAUCCGACGAAUCUUCUAG